AUGCCGUCGACUACCGAGGACAUGAAGGAUGCUGUUGCUGCCGAAAAAACCUUCGACAUCGAGGAACCUGUCAAAGUCACCAGAGAGGCCGACGCAGCUCUUUCAUAUGUUGUCGGCGAAGCUGUCACGUACAGCGCUGAAGACAACAAGCGCAUCCGGCGGACCAUCGACCGUCAUAUUAUCCCAUGGAUGUUUUUGACAUUCACGGUGCAAUAUUUCGACAAAACAGCCUUGAGCUAUGCUUCUGUCAUGGGCAUCGUCAAAGAUACCCAUUUGUCGAGCUCUCAAUAUGCGUGGUUGGGUUCUAUUUUCUACUUCGGAUACCUGGCAUUUGCCUAUCCACACAAUCGGCUCAUGCAGCGCUAUCCUCUGGCCACAUAUAUCUCUGGUGUCAUUAUCGCGUGGGGAGGCGUGCUCUGUCUGCAUGCCGCGUGCACCAACUUUGCAAGUCUGAUGGUUGUCCGCUUCUUCCUUGGUGCCCUCGAAGGCGCCGUCACGGCCGGGUUCGUGCUCAUCACAGCCCGGUGGUACCAACGAGAUGAACAAGCUACACGGACCGCAUUUUGGUACAUCGGAAACUCGGCGGCGCAGAUUGGGGGAGGUGCUUUCGCAUACGGUGUCGCCUCGGGCUUUUUGGGCAACCCCAGCAUCACCUUUCCUGGUUGGAAGGCCCUGUUCGUCCUCUCUGGUGGACUCACCGCCGUCUUUGGUGCCUUCAUGUUCUAUUUCUUUCCGGAAUCCCCUCUGACAGCCAAAUGGCUGGACGAACACGAUCGACGCAUUGCCAUUGAACGUCUCCGGGUCAACCAGCAAGGUAUUGGGAGCAAAGUUUUCAAGUGGCCACAGUUUCGUGAGGCAUUUACGGAUCCAAGAACGUGGCUUUGCUGCAUUUUCUGUAUCUUGUGGUUGAUUCCAUCUGGCGGCUUGACCCUGUUCUUCGCCCUACUGAUCCAAGGCUGGGGGUUUGAUGCCCGGACGACCCUCCUCCUCAGCAUGCCUAGUGGCCUGACGCAGAUUGUGACGAAUCUCUUCUUUCCCUACCUUGCAGGCCGACUCAAGAAUCGAAUGUUGACGGCUCUUCUCGCGAUGCUACUGAGCAUCGCCUCCAUCGCCAUCAUGACGGGCCUGGCCAGCGAGGGUCCCACGGCAUACCGCUACGGACAACUGGUCGUCUACUACGUGAUCCUGGGCAACUCGCCGUCCCCACUCAUCCUGAUUUUCAGCAUUGUCAGCACCAACGUCGCAGGCUACACCAAGAAGACGACCGUCAACGCCCUGGUCUUGAUCGCAUACUGCGUCGGCUUCCUGAUCGGCCCUCAGACAUUCCAGGAUCCCCCGUACUACACCAAAGCAAAGUACACCAUCCUGGGCGUCUACUUGGCCUCGUCCUUGUGCAUCUUGGGCCUGUGGCUUCUCAACUGGCGCGAGAAUAAGAGGCGCGACGCCAUUGCCGGCGACCUCCCUCCUCAGCCCGAGGGUCAGGAGUUCUUGGACCUGACGGACAUGGAAAACAUGUAUUUCCGCUACGCACUCUGA